CCCAGGCCACAAGGCGCUUCCUACACAGAAGCUCUUUCUUAACUCGCCUAGCAGCCAAGACCCUGCGUGGAGAUGCAAGCUCCGGGGGCGCCCGUGGUCGUGGUGACUCAACAACCCACAUUCCGGGCUCCGCAGAACUCCAACUGGCAGACUGGCAUAUGUGACUGCUUCAGUGACUGCGGGGUCUGUCUUUGUGGCUCAUUUUGCUACCCGUGCCUUGGAUGUCAAGUCGCGGCUGACAUGAAUGAAUGCUGUCUUUGUGGAUCAUCUGUGGCCAUGAGGACUCUCUUCCGGACCCGAUACGGCAUCCCUGGGUCCAUUUGUGAUGACUAUAUGAUGACCCUUUGCUGUCCUUACUGUUCUCUUUGCCAAAUCAAGAGAGAUAUCAACCGAAGGAGAGCCAUGAACGCUUUCUGAAGGACCAUGGUCAAGAGCUCGUAUUUGAAGCAACUAAAAUCAGCACAUCCAUUCAGCUUGCAUGGUUCUCCUUUUGUACCUGAAAUACAAUGAAUCCCCUGAAUGCAUGGAUGUCACGAAAAAAAUCAAAGUUUUGAAUGAAGUUGUCUCUGAAUUUUGUUAAAUGGUCCAGCCUCGUUUGUUCUGGCUUUUGUAUUGUCACAAUUUUUAGCUUACAUAUUUUGAAAAUGAAAUUUAAACUAUAAACCAAAUCUCAUUUUACUAACAAGGUUCUCGAUGCUUCUUUCCUCUCACCAG